AUAAGUUUCUCUUUUAGAACUUGUAUCCGUCAAUGGAGGUUCAAAUCCUGUCAAGGAAGAUGAUAAAGCCAUCAUCUCCAACUCCUCCGCACCUUCGAAACCUAAUGCUAUCCCCCAUUGAUCAAGGUGCACCUCUAGCAUAUGUGCCUACUAUUUUCUACUAUCCCACCAGUGGCAGCAACGGCAGCAGCAGAGGUGAAAAUAUUGACAGGCGUAAGCGCUUGGAGACUUCGCUGUCGGACACACUGACUCUUUUCUACCCGCUCUCUGGAAGACUUAUCAAAGAUAGUCACGCGGUUGAUUGCAACGACGAAGGGAUUGAAUUUUUGGAUGCUAAAGUGGACGGCCAGCUGAAGGAACUUCUAAGCAGAAGAAACGAUGUCAUUGGGCUGUUGAAUUCCUUCACUCAGUUUCAUUCCGGGUCAUCUGGAUCAGUCGCAGCUCCGCUAGCGGUGAUUCAGGCUACCAUGUUUGACUGUGGAGGACUAGCCAUUGGCAAAAGCAUCUGCCACGCCAUUGCAGAUGGAUUCACAGUGGUCCAUUUCCUUACUGCUUGGGCAACCGCGAACAGAGCAGGAAUAAAUCAAUUAACUGGACCAGAUUUCAACUUGGCUUCUCUCUUCCCAGCAAAAGAUUUACCUACUGUUAAGCCUGAUCCGCCCCCAAGAAUCCUUGGGUUUGAUAAAGUUGUCACAAAGAGGUUUCUGUUUGACGGAGCCAAGAUAUCAAUCAUGGCGGCCAAGUACAUGGCUUCUGAUCUGGGAGUCAGAUAG